UGGCACGCAUGUGCCCCUAAAAGUAUAUUUCUGUUCAUUACCUGGCCAUUAGCUAAACACUUCUAAUUACACCGAAUCGUUAUCUCCGAUAAGGCUGCCACUCGGGAAAGUUGGAAAGCACGACACUGGAUUACUAUAUAUGGAAAUCGAUUUGAUUUCGUGCGUCGUUUCCUCUGACUAUAAAAGCGGUUGGUAUUAUUUGACUGCGGUCAGUUGUGUUUAACUAUCGCAGGACUUUUCACCAUGGACUUCUACUACCAUCCUUGCUCGGCUCCUUGUCGUUCCGUAAUGAUGACAGCCAAGGCUCUUGGCAUCGAGUUAAACAUGAAGCUAUUGAAGGUGAUGGAUGGAGAGCAGCUGAAGCCGGAGUUCGUGAAACUCAAUCCCCAGCACACUAUUCCAACGUUGGUGGACAAUGGAUUCUCUAUCUGGGAGUCCCGUGCUAUUAUGAUUUACCUGGUGGAGAAAUACGGCCAGGAUGACUCGCUCUAUCCGAGUGAUCCGGAGAAGAAGGCGGUGGUCAAUCAGCGAUUGUACUUCGACAUGGGCACCCUCUUCCACAGUUUCAUCCUGGCCAUCUAUCCCCAGUUCCGGAACAAAGAGCCAGCGGAUCCGGAGCAAAUGAAGAAAGUGGAUAGUGCCUUUGACCACCUGAAUACCUUCCUGGAGGACCAGGACUAUGUGGCCGGUGAUUGUCUCACCAUUGCUGACAUUGCCCUUUUGGCCUCAGUUUCGACCUUCGAGGUGGUCGACUUUGACAUUGGCCAAUACCCGAACGUGGCCAGAUGGUACGAGAACGCCAAGGAAGUCACUCCCGGAUGGGAAGAGAACUGGGAGGGAGUGCAGAUGAUUAAGAAAUUCGUUCAAGAAAAUAGUCAGAAAGAUUAAUUGUAUACAAAUAUCGAAUGAAAUAAUAUACCUCAGCACAUUGUGGCCUAAUAUGGUUUAAAAAUUAAGUAAUAAAAUGAUUGUUUGCUAUUUGUACCACACACUGGGAAGAGUUAUCUAUAAAAAAGAAGAGAAAUGAAAGUCGGACUCUUUGAUAACACCGUUGAUAAGGACCCACCUCAACAAGCCGCCAGCUUAUCAAGAAAAUAAAACACUUAUCUUUAUACAUAUAAAUUGUGAAGGUUGUUCCAUUUCAAGAAAGAUUGCCAUAAAUGGCAUUUCUUAAUAAAACC